AUGUUCAGGGUACUAGUUCUUGUACUAGUCAGUUUGUGGAGCCUAGAGACGGAUAGUUUGAACAUUUUGUUUAGACAAAAAGAAGUCAUAAAACAGAUACAGAAAUACGGAGUUCAUCAUCCUGAUCAAGAUCAUCAUACUGAUGCCAGGCCAUCAUACUGCAAAGUGUCUGUACAAAAGACGAAUAUUGCACAAGGACAAGAUCUGAAGUUCAUCCAACGAGGAAUAGGAAAAUGCGCCAAGGUUCAAUCGCUAUCUUCCUCCGAGGAAGACCAGCCUUCCUCCUGUCCUUCUCACCAUCUUUGUCUCGCAUCCAAGAGUCAGCUACAUGAUAUAAGUACCAUAUCAGGGAUCAUAACAGCGAGUAGUGCUGUACACUGUACAUGUGUUGACCCUAGUCAAGCAUGCAGGCGUGUGUCUAGCUUCCAUACUUAUCAUGCUGGAUCUUACUAUAAGACGACGAUGGAUGUAGGACGGUGUGUAGGGACCUGUGCCAAAGGACAGAAGACAUGCAAAGCGGUGUCUACUACUACGAUUAGCGUUAAUGGGCCAAAUGGUGCACAAUGCGUCAAGAAGAUAACCAAGUGCGCAUGUACCCGAACGUGUUACCGCGUGUCUCACAAACAACUCUUCAGAACAAGACAGUUCGAUAAAACAACGAACAGCAAUAGAACAGUUUAUCGGGUAAUUGAUGUUGGGAAAUGUUCUGGUCAGUGCUACAAGAAAAGACCCAGCUCCUGUAUCUACUGGUAA